GGGUGGAUGGAGAAACCUUGGGAGGAACCAAAAACUCAACAGGGCGAGACCAUCUUCCCCUGACACACAUUCAGACCAAAAAAGAUUAAUUGUUAAAUUAAUUAAAAGUAUUAAAGUUGGGAUGAACCAAAAGCACAGGUGCAGCUGAGGUGGAGACGACUCUAGCAUAUAUAAGUCUGAUGGGUCACAGUACAGAAGGACAGUGAAGACUGAGGAACAUCCGAAGACAACAAAACAUCCAAUAACAAAACAUCUGAUAUCAGAGAUGAAGAGCGUUCUCCCAGUGAAGAUGUUGGCGGCGUUGGCUCUGGUUCUGCUGGUGUCCAGUGCGACUGAGGGACGGAUUCUCAGGAAAUGUGAGCUGAAGGCUCAACUCGAGGCGGCUCGGAUUCAGGUGACUGAAGCCAUGGGAGACAAAAUGACCGUGGAUGAUCUCAUCGCUAGACUUGUCUGCAAGGCCAAUGCCUCGGGCUUCAACACCAGCUUUGUCAAAGCCAUCGGCCCCAAGCCUAAAGAGAACAAGCCCUUAAUUAAUAUCCACUCUCUGCAGCUGUACGGCGUGUUUCAGCUCAGUGAUCAGCUGGCCUGUGAUUCUGGCAUGAUGCCAUCACUCAAUGUCUGCGAAAUGAGCUGCUCUGCUUUGAUUGACGAUGACGUCACAGAUGACAUCGCCUGCCUGAAGACCAUGAUUGACAGCAAGUUGAACACUAUUUUGGUGAAGGAGUGUGACUCUGUGGAUCCCACUCGUUAUUUCGCUGAGUGUCUGAAUGAAGAAGCAUCAUUAAGAGCUUUAAGACGAGUGUGUAUUGGUAUUAGUUGGUGA